CUCUCUCUCUCUCCCUUUAUCAAAGACUCUCUCCUUCACUCUUUUUUGGUGGGUUUAUCAGAAAAUUUAUACCUGAUAAACCGAACCAGCAUUGUCAUUUCUUUCUAACAAUCCACAAAACCCAGUGGAAAUUAGAGAGAAAAUAUAAUAAUUUUGCCUCAUUCGUUCUAGUAAUCACUGAAAAAGUUUCGUUCUUUGAUUGCCUUGUCAAAAUGGAGAAGGCAGUAGCUACUCUGUUUCUGGUCUUGCUCUGUUUCCCGGUUGCUUUUUCCGGCCAUGACUACGGUCAAGCUCUGAGCAAGAGCAUUCUGUUCUUUGAAGCUCAGAGAUCUGGUUACCUUCCCCAUAACCAAAGAGUUAAUUGGAGAUCUAAUUCUGGUUUGACGGAUGGAAAGACCAGUGGGGUGGAUCUGGUUGGUGGGUACUACGAUGCCGGUGACAAUGUCAAGUUUGGACUACCCAUGGCAUUUACGGUAACGAUGAUGUCAUGGAGUAUAAUCGAGUACGGUAAGCAAAUGGCUGAGAACGGUGAGCUCGGGCACGCCAUGGAUGCUGUCAAGUGGGGAACUGACUACUUCAUCAAAGCUCAUCCUGAACCCUACGUUCUCUAUGGAGAGGUGGGAGAUGGUAACAGUGACCACUAUUGCUGGCAAAGACCGGAGGAUAUGACCACUGACAGAAGAGCUUACAAGAUUGACCCGAGUAACCCCGGGUCGGAUCUCGCCGGAGAAACCGCCGCCGCAAUGGCUGCCGCCUCCAUCGUCUUCCGCCACUCCAACCCCGCCUACUCUAGCGAGCUCCUCCGCCACGCUCACCAGCUGUUUGAUUUCGCCGACAAGUACAGAGGCAAAUACGACAGCAGCAUCACCGUGGCCCAAAAGUAUUACCGGUCCAUCAGUGGCUAUUAUGAUGAGUUGUUGUGGGCCGCUGCUUGGAUGUACCAGGCCACUAACAACCAAUACUACUUGAGCUACCUUGCUAAUAAUGCUGAAGCCAUGGGAGGAACUGGUUGGAGCAUGACUGAGUUCGGUUGGGAUGUUAAGUAUGCUGGGGUUCAGACUCUUGUUUCCAAGUUCUUGAUGCAAGGAAAGGCUGGUCGGUAUGCACCAGUGUUCGAGAAGUACCAGCAGAAAGCAGAGUACUUCAUGUGUGGUUGUAUUGGUAAGGGUAGCCGGAAUGUUCAGAAGACUCCUGGCGGCCUUAUCUUCAGGCAGAGGUGGAACAACUUGCAGUUUGUGACAAGUGCUUCUUUCCUCUCCACUGUCUACUCUGACUACCUCACUUCUUCCGGCAAAUACCUCAAGUGUGCCUCCGGCACUGUUGCACCCUCUCAGCUUCUAUCUUUCGCAAAGUCUCAGGUGGACUACAUUUUGGGAGACAACCCCAGAGCAACUAGCUACAUGGUUGGGUAUGGAAACAACUACCCUCGUCAGGUUCACCACAGGGGUUCUUCCAUUGUUUCCUACAAGGUUAAUCCUAAAUUUGUUGCCUGCCGAGAGGGUUAUGCCACUUGGUUUAGCCGCAAAGCCAGUGACCCCAAUCUUCUUACCGGUGCCAUUGUUGGUGGCCCUGAUGCUUAUGACAACUUUGCUGAUGAAAGAGAUAACUAUGAGCAGACUGAGCCAGCUACUUAUAACAAUGCUCCUCUUCUUGGCAUUUUGGCUAGACUCAGCAGUGGUCGUUCAGGUUAUAACCAGCUCCUUCCAGUGGUUGUUCCAGCUCCAAAGGCUGUUACUCCACAAAAGCCUAAGGCAUUUAACCCACAAAAUCCUGUUCCACAGCCUAAAACAAGCCCAGCAACUCCAGCUUCAUCUUCUGGCCCAAUUUCAAUACAACAAAAGAUGACAACUUCAUGGAUUUCAAAUGGAAAAACUUACUACAGAUACUCAACUGUGGUGACCAACAAGUCCUCUAAGAAUGUCAAAUUCGUCAAGAUUUCGAUUAACAAACUCUAUGGCCCAAUCUGGGGUCUCACCAAGAGUGGUGAUUUCUACACAUUGCCAUCAUGGCUCAACAACAUACCUGCUGGGAAGAGCCUUGAGUUUGUUUACAUUCACUCAGCUUCUCCAGCAGAUGUUGCAGUCUCAAGCUACACACUGUCUUAAUAAGGAAGACAAAGAUACACCAAGGAAAGGAGUUUUCAAAGUUUCUGGGGUUGGAUUGUAUAAGAGUUGUGCAGCUAUACAAAUGCAGUCCAGAAGGGUCUUUUUGCCUUUUUUUUUUUUCUUUCUUUCUAAAUUAUCAUGUUUACUUGUGUUUUGGGAUUUGGGUAGGUUUUAUAGGAUGAUAUUAGCUAAAAGAAGCUUGAAGAACUGGGGAAGAAAGGAGCGAAGAGACAAUUUAAGAAAAGUGCUCAUCCUCUUUCACCUCCAGUACACUAUUUAUAUAGACAGAUUUGAGAGAGAGAGAGAGAGAGAGAGAGAGAGAGAAAGAGAAAUAGAGAGAGAGAGAGAGAGAAUGAGAAGUGAUAUUAGUGACUUCUCAAAUGACACCAAGAAGUCUAUUUGUAAUUCAGAGCAAGCUUUGAAUGUCUUUGCUUUUUGUGAUUGUAAUGUUGUAAGCUUUGCAACAUUUUGCUUUUUUAAUUCCAAUAUGAAUAUAGUUUGUGCAGUUUAA